AGGUGCAUGAGAGAGUGAGGUAUUCGAAAUUUGAAAGCAGUGAUUUGGUUGUCAAAAUGGUAGGAAUUACAGUUGUCGCCGUAGGUGCAAUAGCAGCGACAGGUGGCGGUGCAGCUCUUAUAGCAGGGAGUUAUGCUGGGAUAGGAUGUGGAGCGGUUGGGGUUGCUACUGCUGGAACUGAAGUUGCCGCCAUUACUACUGCAGUAGGUUCUGGUUUGUCUGCAGGGGCAAUAGCUGGUGCUGCCGCCACGACUGGUGGUACAGCAGCAGCUACAGCCACCGGAGCAGGUAUUGGUGCUGUUGCUGGUGGUGUUACUGGAGGCGCAGUUUCAGGCAGUGGACUUGGAUUAGCAGCACUAUUUGCUGGAUCAUUUGGAACGUUAUUAGUUGGUGCAAGGGAUGAUUCCUAUACACAUGUAGUAACUCUUGAUUGCUGGAAACCAGUUACACACGACACAUCAAUUGAACCAUCAAAGGGCAUAUUAAUGAAAGAUCUAUUGAACCAUCCAAAUGUUUCGGAAGCUACUGCAACUACGGGACAUCAUUCAGAUCUUCCUAACAUUGUCAUAAAAAAUAUUUGGGAUGAACUCUUUACAAUUGAGUAUCUUUGGUUACAUACAACAGAUAAUAUUGUUUGCCAUGCAAAACAGAUUUUAUAGAUUUUUGACAGUGACAUUAUUCGAUACAAGUCCCUUAUGAAGGCUUGAUACUUAUUUUAGUUUAAAGAAAUA